AUGACCAUGUUUAAAAGGAGUGAUGAUCGAAGGAUCGGUGGUGAGAGAUAUUGUCCAGCCGAUCGACAUCCCAAAGGACGCUGUCAAAUGCGCUCACCCCCUCGUCAAUGCCGAGUUCUCGGGAGCUUCUCCGCUGAUCGAGGUGAGUUUCUCAUCAUGGUUUCUCACACGAAGAACUUUUCCAUCCAGACUAGCUACGCGCCUUCCACCCAAUGCGGGAGCGUUUGGACCAAGAUCGUCCUCGAGCUCACCGGUUUUUGCAAGGGAUCGUCCAAGGAGCAAAAAAUCGGUGGAGUGUGGCUGGGUGGUGCUCAGAUCCUCCACGCGAGCACCCCUCUCCCGACACCGGAGGGGACAAACUGGACGAUCCAAAGGGACGCCACCAGUUUCGAAUCUCUCUUCCUAUCCAGCUCAAAUCUCUCGCUCAUCUUCUUGGAUGUCACCGCCUCCUCCUCCACGAACUCGUCACUGCCAUCGACGAAAUCUUCCUACAGAAUUAGCGUCACAGCCAACUUCUACUUGUUCAAGGAAUCCACAGCCGAAAUCAUCGAUCAAGCUCGCGGAAGUCGCCGAUUCUUCUCACCCCUGUCAGGAACAUCGGCCGGUUUGUUCCCGCCCCUCGCUGUUCUCCCGAUCCAUCCACCACCCUCCAACUCCACCGGGCUUUGGUUCGUAUUCCAAAACGAUCAGGAAUCCUCCGCCAUGGUGACCCCUCCGACCAACGUCGUCAGUGCUCGCUUGCAGGUCUUCGUUUCCUCGCAUGGUGACGACGAGUUUUGGUACAAGAAGGGAAGCUCCUCGGAGAUGCGAGAGGUGGUGAUCACUCUCGACGGUGCUGUGGUGGACGCGAUCUGGCCGAGCCCGGUGAUCUACAGCGCUGGGAUCAAUGCAUCCUACUGGGAGUCUGUUGGAUCCAUCGGUGCCUUGAACUCUCCUGGCUACGACGUCAUCUUGGACGCGUUUGCUCCUGUUCUAGCCGAUGGAAAGCCACAUAAGCUUGGAUUUCGAGUGAUCGGAGCCACCAGCAUCUGGUUCUUGGGUGCCAGUUUGCUGAUGUCCACCACCACUGCUACGAAAACAGGAGCGAGUGGCUUGAUCCACUGGAGCGCGAGCGACACGAUGAUCUCUCAUCCAGCACUCGGCACCACAGUGGCUUCCAGAAGCUUUUCUAGCGUGGGAUACCACCUUGUGGACGGGACCAACUUCACCACUUGGAUCGAGCACGAGGUCCACUCUCGACGCUGGAACUCCGAGGAUGGAAGUUUGCAGCUUCUCACGGAGUCCAAGGUGGUGCUCCUGGAGCAAGCUUCUGGUGAUGCCAUAUAUCUCCACUGGACUGACAAAACAUCUGUGCCGGUGAUGAUAUUGAUGCGCGGUCUGGUACAUCAGUCGUUCAACCAUGAGUUUGAUUCCGUAUUGAGGAUUGGAAGCAACAAUGGGGUUGUUCAAGGAGGGAACUUCACAAGCGUGUUCACAAACCUCCAAGUUUGUGGGGGCAAGGGUGUGAGACAGAGCUUGUCAUAUCGGAACACUGAUGCGAGUUGCUACUCUAGAAAUUUGCUGGUUGUUGACAAUGAGUUUAAGUACGACAAUGUCUCUACUAGCUGUAAUUAG